CUUUCCGCCUCAGGCGGCUGCGGGCGAGCGGUGCCCGGGGAGGGCCCUCCUUGGCGGGGAGACCUGGGCACGGAGCAGGGGGUGGUCCGUAGUCGUCCCCAGGUCAGGGUUCGGCUUUCGAAUGGCUUUUGGUACUUUUUAGGUAGCUCAGACCCCUCUGAGAAGUUGGGAGCAGGAUGUAGCGCGGCGCAGUAGACCUGUCUGUGGCUUCUCGUGACAGCAAGUGGUGGCUGUCUGUCUGCGAGGAGCCACAGCCAGUGGUCUGCUGCUGCGAGCACACAAAGCCCCGUGUUUAGCAUGACUUCACCUCCCUGAAAUUGACUACAUCAGCAACACUGAGAUGUCUUUAAAGCAAGUAUCAAAACACAUGUGAGAACAGCCCCUGUGCCAGCCUUCUUCUGUGUUUUUAAUGAGGUUUUUCAAUUUGGUACCUAACCAACAUGUGUGCUUCCAUGUUUUGUUUUUUACUUCCUGCUACUGGGAAAGUGAGUCAUGGCUGUGUUAGAAAUGCUUGUAAAGUUUGCAUUUUUCUCUACUAAACUUUUUUUCUUUUUACAUCUGUUUUAGCGCUCUGAACCCGUAAGAGCUAGGAGCAGCCUUCCUGUAGGCUCUGCUGUGCAUCCAGGCUUGCAGUGGUACCAAUCACAGUGCUCUAUUUGUCCUUGAGGUUACCUACAAUCCCCACCAAAAUGAGUAGUGUUGGCCAAAGAGUGCACUCCCUAUCAAAAAGCUUUAGGAAUAGGAUGGGGAGAAUUGCUCGGUUUAUCCACACUGAUACAUCAUCUGAGCGUUCACUCAAUGCAACAGAUCCACCCCUUGAAAUCCAUGCAUCAUGAUGAGGUGAAGAUAUUUGCCCCCAAUAUCGAGCAAAGGGAUGUUGUCAAUCAUCUAAAAGGAAGCCCAGCAGAUGAGAAGAGAAAUGUGUUAGUUGAAAGUGCCAGGCUGGCAAGGGGAAACAUUCAGGAUUUGGCUGAUCUGAAAGUAGGUGAAUUUGAUGCAGUUAUUUUCCCUGGUGGAUUUGGUGUGGCAAAGAACCUGUGUUCCUGGGCUGUAGAUGGCAAGAACUGCACCGUCAACGAACAUGUGAACUCCACUCUCCGAGCUUUCCACAGUGCUAAAAAGCCCAUUGGGUUGUGCUGUAUAUCACCUGUCCUGGCAGCUAAAGUCUUUCCUGGUUGUGAGGUCACAGUCGGCCAAGAUAAAAACAUAGAUGGAAGAUUUCCUGAUGCUGAAACUGCAUCUGCUAUAGCAGAGCUUGGAUGUAAGCACAUUUGCAAAGAUGUCAGUGAAUCCCAUGUGGAUAAAGCCAAUAAAAUAGUUACUACCUGUGCUUUCAUGUGCAAGGCUCCUCUGCAUGAGAUCUUCGAUGGAAUUGGAACAAUGGUAGAGGAGGUCCUGAAACUUGCCUGAUGGGGAGUGUACAGACUUCUGUGAGGAAAUCAAUUUAGCAAAGCAUAAACAUUUAGCUACUUUUGAUGGUAUUAAUAAAAUAAUGCAGCUAUCAAACUUCACA